AUGGAUCUUCCUUGGCGUGGGGAGCAAGAUCCUCAGGCUAUAGAUAGUCCCCAAGGAACCAAGAAAGUCUCCAUUUGUGUUGAUAUUGAUAAUGACAACAAGUUGAAGAAACAUAGCUUGGAAGCCGAGAAGCGACUCAAAAAGGUGGACCAACAUUAUAUCCACACAAGCCACAAGUACACAGAAACAAGAUCACAAUGGGAGAGCUUAUAUGAUGAGAAAAGACGCGCUGUCAAUCGCUGUUCCUCGGCUGCAGCUUUCAUUGACUGGUGCAACAAGCUGGUAGAUAAAUUGCAGAAGGCUCUUGAAAAGCUACCUACAACAGAAACAACAACAGAAGAAACCAUUGAUCAUAACAUGCAAUUCUCGAUGUUCAAAAGCGGUAAAACCUCAGCACAAGAAAACAUGAUGAUAUUUCGGCAGAAAGCAGAAUGCCAGAAACUGAACAGUGAAGUAAUAGGUGUUUUCAAAGAUACCGACGAUCAGCUCUACUACGUUCAACGAAAAAUGCCAAGGAUCGACAGCAGAAAAGCUGUACACGGUCUUCUAAAAAAAGUUUGUAACUCAACUAAUCAUGAGAGUUUGAGAAAAUCUGUGGAGCUGGAAAUAAAAGUUCUGAAGAAGCUGAUUAGAGAACUUUAAAAAGACUGGGAAGAAAAACUGCAUGUAAAGCAAUACGCAACGAAUAUACAUAAAGAUUUCACACAAAAGGUGAAGCGUCUAGAGGAGAAACGCGAACACUUAUCGGGACAGUGGGACGAUGAAAGGAAAGCCAUGCUCGGGAUGAAGAAAAAGAAUGAUAGGAGGAUAGGUACAUAUCCAGAAGCGAAAUAA